UUGUUUAUUUUUUAUUUGCUGAUUUCUUUGUAUUUUAUUUUUUUAUCCACCCAAUUGCAUCGCUAUGGCAACCAAUGGACAUCGAUGUAACCAACAACAGCCAUCUAGCGAUGCCGCCUCUGGUGUUUUCGCAAUUGGAAAGCCGAAAUUUAAGAUACCAAAUUCUGUGCGCAUCCAGCACGAUUUUGUCAGCAACAAAUUCGCUAAAAAGAUGGAGUACGAACUGGAGAGGGUGAACCGCAGCCUGGAGAUGUCUAAGGAGAAUCCAAUGCGCCGCGAUGCCAUUGAAAAAGACGCCAUGACGCAGGAAUUGAAGCAGAUAAAGCACGCCGAGUUCAUACAACGGAAAAAACGUCAGCAGUUGCGCCAGGAUUGCGAGGAGCUUCGUGACUUAGCAGAGCAACUCCGUCUGGCUGCCAUUUCCAAAGGUAUUGCCGAUGACCUGAAGGAGCGGAAGCGGUUGCGGCAGUUGACGGUGAAGACAGAAGCUCAAGAAGCUGCAGAGGAACGAUGCUUGCUAGAGGCCCAAGAGCGAGAGCGGGAGGCAGCUUUCAAGGAGAAGCAACGCCAGUUGCGAGAUUCCCUCACAGCACAAAUGGAGGAGAACCGACAACGGCGCCAGAAGGAACAUGCCCAGGUCAUGAACGAUCGGGAGUUCAUGCUGGCUAGGCAAAAACAAAUCCAAGAGGAGGAUCGCGCCCAGGAGUUGGAAAUGGAGCGUAUCAAGAUGCAGAAACGUCGGGACAUGAUGCAGUCCAUCCAGGAUAAAAAAGACGCCAAGGAGUUCGAGCGAAACCAGAAACUUUUGGAGUUUAAACAGCUGCUGCAGAAUCAGUCCGAUAUUGAGGAAUCGAAAAGGAGACUGGACAUAGAAAGACUGGAAAUGCAACGAAAGAGAGAAGAGAUUAGCAUUCGCCUGGGCUUUGAGGUUCAAGAGGUCGAGAACCAAAAACGUCACCGGACCAAUCUACUGCUGGACCUGCUGGAGGCAGAGUACAUGGCCAAAAGCGACGAACGCUUCCGCCAACAGCUUCAGCAGGAAGUGAUGUCUCGGAAGCGCACCAAGCAGGAGCUAGAACUUUAUCGCCUUGAAGUUGAGCAUCGCAAGAUGGAAGAAAUGAAGCAGAAGCGCGCUGAAAUGAAAACCCGCCAAGAGGAAUUUCCUAAAAAUCUGCAGGAACAAGAACGGGAAAAGCAGUUGCAGGACUACCGCCAACGCAGAGCUCACGGCUCCACUUUGCUAGCCAUGAUUGAAGACAACCAGAAGAAGCGAGCGGAGGCCGCGGCCGAAAAUGUCCAAUACUUCGAUAUGAAAGCCAAAUCUGACGCGGAACUGCAAGAACGCAUCAAAAAGGAGCGUCUGCAUAUGCUGGGUCAGGUUCCAGCUUCAGUUCUUAGGUAUCUGCCCAAUCAUGUACUGACCUCCACGGAUCGGGAACAUUUUUUAAUUUCACAAGAUGAUAAGACAAUGGGAGGUGGCGAUUCCUAAUAUAUGGUUUUAUAGGCGCUGGCAGGGUUCCAAGUUGUAAUACAACUAUGUACAUAUGUCAGUUUUAUUUUUACGACCGCACGGCUGACGGGCAGUUUGCAUCUCAGCACAUAUACAUAAUUUGAAAUGUAGCCACCCGCCCGCCCACUCUGCGUACGUGACGUGUCUCAUUCACUCCGUAGUGUUGCCACAGUGCUGCCAUGCAUCAAAGGCUGCCAGACCAUUAUUAAUUAGAAGGAAUGUUUAGAA